UUUGCCUUCCCUACCCCAAGAGGAAGAUAUUCUUUCAGGAUGAACGAUUACAGGUACCCAAAUGGGAUGAUGAUGAUCGCCCAAGUUGGGAGGGAAAUGGUAAUCAGCAAUCACCGGUACACCAUCACGAAAGUCCUCUCCGAAAAGCCAAAAAGGGAAUUACACGAGUACUGGGUCGUGUAUGAAGCUACGGCGGUUGGAACGACCCAAAGGUUUGCUUUGAAGGUCCGGUACCAGCUAGUGGCCCCAUCCCUGAGCGAGAGAGACCUUGAGUCCGAGGGGAGAAUGGCCGAAGAUUGUUUUAACGAGGAGCAUCGGGCUCUGAGGGAGUGCGAGGGCUCUGGGCAUACACCGCGUUACUUUGGGCAUGGCGAGCUUCCCCAAGGCGCCAAUCCUCACUACCCCGCGGGGUAUGCCCGAGUGAUUGCUAUGUCGUUGGUCCGGGGCACCAGUGUCGUUGAAAUCGAGGAUCUCCGCUUCAGGGACCAGGUUCGAGCGGCAAUUCGGGAGAAACUGACUGAGACCCUGGAAUACAUUCGCCUCAAGGGAUGGACAUUCUUCGAGCCAGAAACCGAGCAAAUCUUCUACGACUCUUCCACAAAGAAGAUCUGCCUGGUGGGUUUCUCGCGAGCUGGAAAAGAAGAUUAUGAUCCGAAGGAGGAGGAGCCUUUCACCAAAAAUUCCAUGGACGUUCUCGCUUUUGGCUUGGGAUGGCGCGUGGAAUGAGCAGUCUUCCUGGCGUCCCCUUCUCCUCACACAGGUUCCGUUUGUUCUCCUCGCGUGCCGUUGACGGAAAGUCAGGGAAGCGUC